AUGACUAUGCAGUUUUAUAAGGAAAAGCUUUUGUCACCUGGACAAUUAAAACGUCUCAGUGAGCAUAAAUACAGCUGCACAACAAAUAGUCUUUUGGAUGGAUUUCUUCAACCCUGGUGGGAUUGGCUUGUCAGCAGAGUUCCACUUUGGCUUGCACCCAAUUUAAUCACCAUCGUGGGUUUGAUUGUCAACAUCGCAACCACUUUAGUCCUUAUAUAUUAUAGUCCAGAUGCAAAAACUGAGGCACCUAGAUGGACAUGUUUUCUGGCUGCGCUUGGUUUAUUCAUUUAUCAAAGUCUAGAUGCCAUAGAUGGCAAACAGGCUAGAAGAACAGGGACUUCAACACCAUUGGGUGAACUAUUUGAUCAUGGAUGUGACUCCAUAUCAACUGUUUUUAUUGCUCUAUCAGCGUGUAUAGCAGUACAAUUAGGAUUUUAUCCAACAUGGAUGUUUUUCCAAUGCUUUUGUGCCAUGACGCUCUUUUAUUGUGCACAUUGGCAGACAUACGUUUCAGGUUCCUUAAGAUUCGGCAAAGUGGAUGUCACAGAAGCGCAGUUUACUAUUAUAAUGAUUCACCUUAUUUCUGCAAUUUUUGGGCCAAAAGUAUGGAUGAUGGAGGUUAUACCAUACAUAGAUGGUUUUAUGUUUAAGUAUUUAAUAGGAGUUAUGACAGUAAUUUGUGCAGUGGCAAACUUAUAUUUCAUCUUUUCGGUGAUUUUCACCGGAGGAGUGGGCAAGAAUGGUUCAACUGUGGCUAUGCCAGUGCUUGGUGUAGGCACGUUCAGUAACUACGUAGCGGUAUUAUUUUAUGCAGGCUACAUUCAUGUAUUCCUUGAAUUCUGUAAAGUCUUUGAAUCUGGUGGGAUUGGAAAGAACGGUUCCACAAUUGCAGUAAGUUUCAAAAAUACCAACUCAUCAGUUGUAUAUAUAAAUUCUCAUAUAUUUGUCACUAUAUUGCCAUACACUGGCACAGAGGUCAAGGUGUUUCCAUUAUGGGCUGCUGUGGGCAUCGCUAUUUUACUUGCACAGAGCAGCAUAUCCGUCAUUCUUGCCGGUGGUGUCGGAAAAAAUGGCUCCACCGUCGCAGUAUUUCCAAAGUGUUUAAAUAUCUCUCUUGUGUAUUUAUUGAUUCCGACCGAUAUUGUCAUAAUAUUUAUUAUAUUUCAGGGAACAUCAGUUUUAUCUCCAAUUAUUCCAUUUAGUUUUGUGGUAGUGCCAGCUUUUAUAAUUUAUAGAAAAAGUGCUGAGCACGUGUAUGAAAAUCAUCCUGCAUUGUAUAUACUUGCAUUCGGAAUGGUUGCAGCUAAAGUUACCAAUCGAUUAGUGGUUGCUCAUAUGACAAAGAAUGAAAUGGAAUAUUUAGAUAGUUCACUGAUUGGACCAGCAAUGCUGUUCUUGAAUCAAUAUUUCAAUUUUUUCAUCAAAGAGUAUUAUGUCCUUUGGUUGUGUCUUAUUUGGGUUACUCUGGAUUUACUACGAUAUAAUACUCAAAUUUGCCUUGAAAUUUGCGAUUAUAUGAAGAUUAAACUAUUUAGGAUACCAUUAGGAGAUCAUCGAACGAGUCUGGUUUCUAAUACAGCUGAAAAAAAUGGUACUAAUAGGUCCCAACUUCGCACGAUGGUGGAACAAGAGCCUCUGUUAGAUGAGGAUUAUCAUCAUGGAUCUAAUACUACUCUCGACCUCUGACGAUUAUGUUCAACGUAAAGAUAAUUAUUUUCAAGUGCAGGGUUACGCAAAACUCUCUUCACAACUUUGUAACUUUAAUUAUUAAUUUUUUUUUUUAUUUUCUAUACAUAAGUAUAAAUACUAAUCUUCCUCGAUAAUAAAGAUUAAUAUAUCAUAUGGUACAUUAGUAGUAUUAAAGCUUUAUGUGGCCUUGAAAUACUAGCCUUGCAUCAUAAUUCAUCCUGAAAUUUGAGAUAUUGGUCAGAGUGUAUAAAAAGUAUAAAUUAUAUAAUAGGAUGAAACAAGUAGUUAUAUUCUAGGAAAAGUAAAGAAAAGUAAAGAAAGUUCAAUUCUUAGAAAGUAGUGUAUCAGAGGGUGAAAUUUCAUAUUUCAAUAUAUUUUUUAAUUUUAUUUUAGAAACGAGUGUGGUAUAGUUGAUAUAUAUUGGAUGAAAAAUAGAAAAAUUAUUUUUUAUAAUACUUACAAAUAAUAUUAGCAAUAACAAAGAAAUGUCAUUCCAGUAUAUAUUCUUCUGUUUUAAAAAUGAAUAAAUUGUCACUGAAUGUUGAAUGAGAAAAUGUUGAGAACGAUGACAUGAAAUUUCACUUUUUAAUUUUAAUUUUAAGAGUUAAAGAGAAUUUCGCGUGGCCCUUUUUGGCGUAGAAGGAAACUUAACAAUAAAAAGUUUAGUUUUAUCGAGACAAGUGCAUCCGUGUUGUACGAUACUGGUUGACUUAAAGUUUAAAAGUUUUUGGUGAGAUAAGAUAGGGGUAUUUCCUGUGACAGUUUCGUAGAAAGACAAUUUGAAGUACAAUUCACCGGUGAUCGAAAUAUUCUUACAUAAUCGGAGACACUGCGAAUUUUAAAAUAAGAUUUAUGUGUUAUUGUUAACAUUUAAAAAUUCGUAACAAUUUUAUAGGACAUAGAAAGGAUAAAAGAAAUGGUGUUUUUAAAGUAGAAACAUUUAUAGAAAAUAAUUUGAAAGAUGAAUAAAAUGGAUAUUUCUCAAUGUUAUCAGAAUGAAAUGGCAUUUAAUACUAAUUUUAGCAUAAGUUAGUCGUACGACAACAUCCAGCUUUUAUCAAAAUUUCUAUGAUCUCUUAGAAGGAAGUGGUAAUCGAAUUAUUUGAAAAAAGAAAAAUUAACAACGUCACAAGUGUUAUGAAAAAAAAAAAGAAAAGGUAAAGAAGACAAUAAUAGAAAUAGUUUUGUAUAAAUAAACAAAUUGUAAUAUAUCUAAUGAAAGAUAAGAUUUGAAAUUUCACCAGAUCUAAUUUUAAGUUAAAGUUUAUCACAGUAUUAGUAAUAUAGUGAAUUUGAUCAAAGAUUUUUAUGUUUAGAAAUUCUAAACGUUGUGUUGUAAUUGCGAUCAUUGUAAUUUAUGCGAAUAAAAUGAAAUUUUAAUUAA